AUGGCAACUGCUGUUGACACUGCAUUUGCGCUGGAGAAGACUGCCGCCAACCAUGUCGAGGAUACCUUGGGCCAUGGCGCUAUCAUCGAGGCCAAGCAGGCUACCGACGAUGAGCAUGCGCAGACGCUGAUGCAGGCGCUGCGUGAGAACCGCAAGGCUGUGAUGUGGUCUGUUCUGAUUUCCAUGGGAAUUAUCAUGGAAGGAUACGAUACCAUCCUGAUGGGAAAUUUUUUCGCCUAUCCCCAGUUUCAGAUGAAGUAUGGGCAAUACUAUGGUGACGAUAUCAAAUGGCAGGUCUCUGCGCCGUGGCAGACUGGUCUGAGCAUGGCAAGCACGGUUGGCUGUAUUUUCGGCGGCAUCUUGAACGGAUACUUUGCGUCCAAGUACGGCUACCGGGGAGUGAUGAUCGUCGCGCUUGGCUUCUUGACGGGCUUCAUCUUCAUUACAUUCUUCGCCAACUCUGCCGCUGUCCUCCUGGUAGGCCAGAUCUUCUGCGGACUCUCGUGGGGAGUCUUUGCUACAAUCGGACCGGCAUACGCAUCCGAAGUAUGUCCGACCAAUCUGCGUGGUUAUCUGACAAUCUAUGUCAACAUGUGCUGGGCGAUCGGCCAACUGAUCGCCUCCGGUGUUCUCUACGGACUGGUCGGCCGACCGGACCAAUGGGGCUACCGCAUUCCCUUCGCGCUGCAAUGGAUAUGGCCUGUGCCAUUGAUGGUCAUCGGGUGGCUUGCACCAGAGAGUCCAUGGUGGCUCGUCCGUAAGGACAGACUCGAAGACGCGAAGCGCAGUAUCCGCCGAUUGGGCGGUAGCAAGACCGAAGAGCAGAUCAACGGACAGCUUGCAAUGAUGGUCCACACGAUCAAGAUCGAGACCGAGAUUGAAGCCGGCACCACCUAUUGGGACUGCUUCAAGGGUGUUGACCUGCGCCGCACAGAGAUAUGCUGCCUGGCUUUUGUCGGACAGAUCCUGUCUGGUAGUACAUUUGCCUACUCACCUACCUACUUCUUCACACAAGCCGGGAUGGACGUCAACCGCUCCUUCCAACUCGGCGUUGGCUGCACCGGAGUUGCCUUCGUCGGCACAUGCCUAUCCUGGUGGUUGAUUACCGGAUUUGGCAGGCGCACGUUGUACGUCUGGGGCCAGGGGAUUCUAUGCACGACUUUGUUCUUAAUCGGCAUUCUGAAUGCGGCAUCUGCCUCGAAAGGCGCGAUGUGGGCGCAAGCCGGCCUGUGCUUCUUCUGGCUGUUCAUAUAUUCACUCACGAUCGGCCCAAUCACAUAUGCUGUUGUAUCUGAGAUGUCAUCGAUUCGCCUGCGCCCGUUGACGGUCUGCCUGGCACGAACAUCGUACCAAAUCAUCAACGUGGUCUCGCAGGUGUUGGAGCCGUACUUUAUGAACCCGACUGCUUGGAACGCAUCUGGAAAAACUGGGUUCUUCUGGGGUGCGACGGCUCUGGUUGCGUUCAUCUGGGCGUUCUUCCGUCUGCCGGAACCCAGAGGAAGGACAUACGCGGAGCUGGAUAUUCUCUUUGCCACCAAGGUUCCUGCGCGGAAGUUCUCAUCAACUGUCGUGGAUGCCUAUGCUGUCAGGGCGACCUCGUCGCAGGAGGGUCUCGUUCGAGAGACGACAGAGAAAUGA